CUUCUACUGACGACGAGAUGAUGAGGCUUUGAUUUUUGAUGAAGAAACGGAAGUAAGGGCCCGUGUAACCAUAUAUAGUCGUGGUAAAUGACUUGUGAACCUACGCAAUCGCAACGGCUACCGCUACAACUCUUUACUCAUUUGCUUGCUGCAUUCGAGCCAUCGCUUGUAUGUCUGCUGCCGAUUAUGUCAACAGAGCAAGGACUAGAUUUACUUUUACAUUUAGAUUGCCUGUUCGUGUUACCCCCGAAACGUUGCUGGUCGAGCACGACGCCCCUUCUUCUAGUUUCUCCCCGCCACUAUUGUAGUUUGGAUCUCGAAAAACCGAUUCCCCGGUCGUGAAGUAGGACCACAUCAAGAAAGAUGAAACGCUUGGCGCACAAGGUCCUCCCUUCAGCUACAGCAUCCCAGCGGCGUAAUCAUUCCAGGUUCACCGCAGCAGCCGCAGCAUCGUCAUCGUCGCGAAUACGAGCCCAAUUCGCCUGCGUGAGGGAACAAGUUGUGGCGACAAGGAAUAUACCCACACCGCAUGUGGACGACGUCCAAGGAGCCACAAUACUAUCCGGCACAUCGCCGGCCUGUUCUUCGUCCUCCCGCUCGUGGGCUGCAGGGUCAAAAUCCGACCACGAGAAAUGCAAUGGGUCCCCGUAUAUAACUAGGAGAUUUUUCGCAACGACGGCACCGAGCAGCGGCUCGACGUCGUCAAGAAGUAGGUCAUUCUCUUCUUCCUCGUCGUCUUCAACGAGCACGGCACAUUUCCGACCGCUAGUGUCAUGCGAAAUCGAACUGACAAGGGCGGGCAACAAACCCGGGGCUUUGGGGCGGAUCUUGAGCUGCUUCGAACAGAACAAGGUACUGUAGCGCUUUGAUGACCUUGCUAGUUCUGAAUGAAAAUGAAUCUUCGUCUUGGAAGAUCAACUGUUUAUAAAAGUGGUACUAGUGUCAACAUUAUGGCAUGAAGUGAAUGUCGUCGACUUUGUCAUGCAUUCUGGACAAAAAAAAAGGUCGACCUGACCCACGUGGAGUCCAAGCUACAUUCCUUCGCCCACGACGGCCUCGUUUUUCUGAUCGAUUUUAAGGGAAAGGUCCCCGAUACCAACGUGCAAGCCGUGCUUCAGCAGGUCAAGCAGUCUGUGCCCGGUGUGGCGCGCCUCGAGCUCACGCCGCCCAAGUACGUGCCCUGGUUUCCCGCGAGCGCGAAAGAGCUGGACCGUUGCUAUCAACUGCAAAGCAUGUCUGGGUCUGGAAGAUUGCACCACUUGCAAGACUUGUAUAAUGCUUCGCUCCCAGGCCCACGAGAAAUUCUAGAAAUUUUGUAUGUAGUCUAAGACUGUCAUGCAUAUGGCGAGACUCUGCCCUACCCUUGAUUUGUUUGUCAUGAAGUUGAAGAAGCGCGAAUUAUUCUCAUGUAAUUUACGGCACUACACUCAUAGUCGCUCAAAAAUAUGUCCUUCCUUCCUAGUAUUGGAGUUGUGCGAGUCUGUUUGCCUUUCAUACCAUCGACACACUUCCAGGCUAACUUUCCAGAACACCCAGACAAAAUAUCUGCAAAGUUGAUAGCCGCGUCAUAGACACGAUAGGGGGCGAUAGCGGACUGAUCGACGAAGACCAUCCGGGGUUUCAGGAUGAGAGUUACAAAAAAAGGCGACAGGACAUCGCGGAGCAGGCGGCCAGCUACAAGCACGGGGAAAAAAUACCACAUACCGAAUAUACAGCGGAAGAGGUACGACAACAGUUUUUGUAGCAUGGCGCCCUAGUGGCGUCGUUCUUCGGCACUAAAGAUGUAGAGCUUGUUGUGUCGUUGAUGUCCUGUUGGUGUCGCAGCAGGAGCUUCAUCUAUUUCUUUGGCCUACAGUGUGGAUCUGGAUUGUUCCGAUGUGUCUGGCAAGCGUGUUGGGGUAAAGACACGAUGUUCAAUUUCGCUGUUCCGGUCGCUUGUUUUCUUUACUCUAAAACAUAAACACCACAGAUCCGCGUCUGGAACGCAGUGUACGACAAACUGACCGACUUGCACCAGAAAUGGGCCUGCGACGAGUAUAAUGCGGUAUUCCCCGAGCUGGCCAAGGAGGCCGGCUACGGCCCGAAGCAGAUCCCGCAACUCCACGACAUCAGCGAGUACUGCUUCUCGAAAACGGGCUUUCGCCUGCGCCCGGUUUGCGGAUUGCUGUCCGCCAGGGAUUUCCUUAACGCCUUGGCCUUCCGGACGUUCUGCUCAACGCAGUACUACUAUGUUGAUGUCAUUGAUUUAUUCUAAAGGUUUGACUUCGACCGCUCUUGCAUACUGGUUGCGUAUGCGGUCGUGUCAGCGGAUUUUUAUGCCGUGCAUCAUGUGCAGCAUUGCCGUUUCUUUGCCAAGCCGAUGAAUCGGCAACGAGGAUGUCAGGACACGCACAGUUCUUCUUACUUGCCCUCGCUACAAAUGACAAUUAAAGGUACAUCCGUCACGGCGGCAACCCGUUUUACACGCCCGAGCCCGACAUUUGCCACGAACUCAUCGGCCACGUCCCCCUGUUAGCCGAUCCGGAUUUCGCAGACUUUACCCAGCGCGUUAUCCUGAGCAAAAACGUCCCCAACCCACAGUCAAGAUGGCAAAUUUGCUAGGCAAAUCAGCCAACUCUGGUUACCGCGCAUGACAAGUUUGGCCUCGUAGUGUAGUCGCGUCUAGCAAGUUCAGCAGCAUCACAGAUCUAGUAUCUCUUGCUCAUUGGAGCAUGACAAAUCCCAAAACAAGACCAGAAAAUGCUGCUCAUGGGGCUCCGCAUGAAAAACGUUUUCAGAAUGCAGAUUUGCAUUACAGCUACCGGGUGGGGUCGUUCUUAAGUACGAAACGCGUGGGGCUGGCGAGUUUGGGGGCGAGCGAUGAGGAAAUUGUCAAGCUCGCCUCAAUCUACUGGUUCACCGUCGAGUUUGGCCUGGUGCGCGGCGGAAAAGAUAACAAGGAGGUGAAGGCGAUGGGCGCCGGGAUUCUGAGCAGCUUCGGCGAAAUGGAGUGGGCCGCCGCGGACAAACCCUCGGAAGAAUGUCGGCAGUCCGGUGGGAUCAAAAGAGAUUACCCGGACCUGCUCAACCCGAAAAUUGUCCCGUUUGACCCAAGGUAAUAAGAACGCUGCUUUCUCUUGUUCGACCUCACAUUUUUCUAGCAUAUUCUUGAUGACACGACACUCUUCGUCUUCAGCAUGGUGUGCUGACAUUGAACAGAUGUAGUCGCGCACCAAUUGCAGAAGAUUUUUUAGCUGCCUACAGUUGCGAUUGUUUCUCCAAGACUACACAUUUGUCCUCCAAUUUGUCCUUUCCGCAGCGGAGCGGCACUCGAAUUUUUGCAAGAGCCACACUAACGUAGAAAACUGACCACAUCACAGACACGCAGCCGUCCAGCCGUAUCCGAUCACGACGUACCAACCGAUUUUUUUCUGCUAUGGCGUUCUCAGCUGUUACAUUCUCAAGUGUUGCGUGAAUUUGUGAUGCAAGAAUGGAAAAAGUGAAAGGAAGGACCUUGCGCGUCUUGCAUGACAGAGUUGGCAAAGAUUAUCAGCCUGUUUGGCCAUCUGAGAAUUUGUCACGCGAAGCAGCUUGAUGGCUUCGAUAGUCAAGGUAAUUUUGCAUGACAAAUCAUGUAACAGUUGAGAAUGUAACAGUUGAGAGCGCCAUAUCUGCGGCGACAGCCUCCAGGACGUGAAGGAAAAGAUCAGCGAUUAUUGCGAUGGCAUGGAGCGCUCCUUCCACCCCGUGUACGACUUCGUCACGCAGACGGUGCAACCCUCGCGACACAUCCGGAGGCUCGAACGGAGCUCCACGGCGGACCUGCAGGCGCAGAAGCAGAAGGAGUACUUCGCGAAACUGGCCGAGUCCCGCGACCAGAUACAAGGUGGGGAUAAUAAAUAAGUAGACCUGCUGCAUUUGCGGAAGAUUUUAAGUCGUGAUCCUAGCUUGUUGGGCGACGUUUUUUUGUCAUGCAGAGGCAGGAUGAUGCAAGAAGCAGGUGCUGCCCUAGUUUCACGUGGCGCGAGGAAAUGCAAAUACUUCUAAAAGUCGAAAACCUUACUUUUCUUCAAGGCCCGCUGAAAGAAGAAGUGUGAGAAGAAUGAAGUUUUACUUCGCGGGGAAGAGUCAAUAAUAUCUUCGAAGAUGCACUAGGAGAACUAACACCAACACGAAUCGCAGUCGUGGAGAUGAACGAAGCUAGUUUUGAAGGACAUGCUCCAGACCAUUCCUGACGACGCGACGGACAACCAGAGAAGAAACAGGCCUCUGGAUCGUGGAAAAAUGAAACUGAAUUAGUCGACGCGAGGACACCACGACGGAGAACUACAAGUGGCGGCAUCGUGCAGCGACCCUCCGCUCGGAAGAAGUUGAUUUAUAUGGAAAAACCGAACAUCAUCAUUCCCCUCGCUGAAAAGUGUAGAAUAGCAAAUGAAGUUUCCUCAGCACGAGCGUAUGAGAAUUUUUACUCGUGUUGAGAUGAAAUUAACUCAAAGCCUCCGCCUUCUUGCAGGUUGUUCUAAUUUACUUUACACAGGUUCUUGUAGAUCAUGAAGACGAUUUCCAAUUUCGACGACGAGUACGGGUUUCUUUUUGUGUAGAAAUUUGAAACUCGCCUUGUGCAUACGUCAGAGCCCGAAAAUUGUUGCACUUCGGCAAACAUUUGACUUUUUGUAGUAGAGGCGGAAAAGAAGAAAGACCCGAUCAUGCAACGAACGAUUCUGCACGAUUGUGAAAGACACGCGUCUGGGUCUGUAGCAAGCUGCAACUACUCUCAAUUGGGAUAUAAAAAUGAUUGGACUCGAGCAACAGUAAAAUCUUCCUCUACUCGCAAAAAAACCAAACAACCUUUAACUACUGCCAAAGAAAUUUUUUCCUCCAUUGCUAUUACUACCCGUGCCUUUUUAUCAAUCGAACCUAUCAUAAGUACGUACCCAAGAUACUAGCGAAUGGUGCAGUCACUCGACCUCUGUCUUAUGAUCUGAUUACGAAUUUUUUACAAAUAAACAGCAUACGAGGCAGAUUUUGGUUAAAAUGCUGAAAGAUUAAAUCGCUACAUCGUAUACCUUGGAUCGUGACUGGGAUACCAACAUAAGACCAUCACUUCUACUUACCUUGCAGCGCGAGCAGCUGGAGCAGAUCUAUGGUGACUCUUGACGCCAUCCGCUCUGGAUCUACUUCGCGUCCCUUUAAUACCCAAGCACAUGAUGAGUGACGAGCGUCGUGACAAGAUUUGAAAUGUACAAUUACGAAGAGUAUGUUUCGGGUGGAUUUUGCAGGAAAAUGAUGAAAAUAAAAACGAUGAAAAAUCUGCACCUCGCACUUUUAUAUUUACAGUGGACAACCGACUAAUGUUCACGGUCGUGUCUCACUGAGUGG